GGAGGAGUCGGUCUAAUCUCGCGAGAUUUGAGUCACAUGAAAGUUUCCAGCUCCGUCUUUUUCAAGUGUCGAAGCAGCGGAGCAGACACGUUGUGCGCCGCUGCGAAGAUUUGUCAUCAUGGUUUUGCUGCACGUGUUGUUCGAGCACGCGGCGGGCUACGCGCUGUUCGCCGUGAAGGAGGUGGAGGAGAUCGGCAUGCUUCUCCCUCAGGUCGAGGAGAGCGUGCUGAGCAUCGGAAAAUUCAACAGCAUGGUUAGCUUGGCUGCAUUUUUCCCCUUCAAGUCCGCCCAGGCCGCCCUGGAGAACAUCAAUGCCAUUUCUGAAGGUGUGGUUCAUGCUGAUCUGAAGCUGUUCCUGGAGACGAACCUCCCUCUAUCUGGAAAGAAGAAAGCUUCUUUAGGGGUUUCUGAUGCCAAAAUCGGAGCUGCUCUACAAGAAGAACUGAAUGUCUCUAUACAAACUGGUGGAGUGGUGGCUGAAAUAACUAGAGGUAUUCGCCUUCACUUCCACUCUCUAGUGAAAGGUCUGACCUCGCAGGCCGCCUCCAAGGCACAGCUGGGUCUCGGUCACAGCUACUCCAGAGCGAAGGUGAAGUUUAACGUGAACCGGGCUGAUAACAUGAUCAUCCAGUCCAUCGCUUUGUUGGAUCAGCUGGACAAAGACAUCAACACUUUCUCCAUGCGUGUUCGCGAAUGGUAUGGCUACCACUUCCCGGAGCUGAUCAAGAUCGUUUCAGAGAACUCCAUGUACUGCCGCCUGGCCCAGCUCAUCGGCAACCGGAAGGAGCUCACAGAGGAGAAGCUUGAGAGCCUGGAGGAGGUGGUGAUGGACAGUGCCAAAGCUCAGGCCAUUCUGGAGGCGUCGCGCUCCUCUAUGGGGAUGGACAUCUCCCCGAUUGACCUGAUCAACAUUGAGAGGUUUUCCAACCGUGUCGUAUCCCUGGCUGCAUAUCGCCAAGGCCUGCAGGAGUACCUGCGCUCUAAGAUGUCGCAAGUCGCUCCAAACUUGGCGGCCUUGAUUGGAGAAGUGGUCGGAGCCAGGCUGAUCUCUCAUGCUGGAAGCUUAACUAACUUGGCCAAGUAUCCGGCAUCAACCGUUCAGAUCCUGGGAGCGGAAAAGGCCCUGUUCAGAGCUCUGAAGACCCGUGGUAACACCCCCAAAUAUGGCCUCAUCUUCCACUCCACCUUUAUCGGACGAGCUGCAGCCAAGAACAAAGGCCGCAUCUCCAGAUAUCUGGCGAAUAAAUGUACCAUCGCGUCCCGCAUCGACUGUUUCUCUGAAUUACCCACAAGUGUUUUUGGAGACAAGCUGCGCGAGCAAGUGGAGGAGCGUCUGUCUUUCUAUGAGACUGGCGAGGUGCCUCGGAAAAACGUGGAUGUCAUGAAGGAAGCAGUGAAAGAGGCUACUGAUGUUGCUUCUGAAAUCAAACGCAAACUGGAAAAGAAGGAAAAGAAACGCCUAAAACGAGAGAGGAAAUUGAAAAAACUUGAAGCGAAUGGAGAAGCCAACGGGGAUGCUGAGGGUGAUGAUGACGAAGGAGCUGAGGAGACUCCAGCCAAGAAGAAAAAGAAAAGGAAAUCUGAGGCCGAGGUAGAGCAACCUGAAGCUGAUGAAACGGAGCAAGCAGAUCCUCCAAAGAAGAAAAAGAAAAGAAAAUCAGAUGCAGAUGGUGUAGAAGUCAAAGUGGAGGAACCUGAAGACAAUGGUACAGAGCAGGCAGAUCCUCCAAAGAAGAAAAAGAAACUGAAAAUUGAGAAAGUGGAUGAAGAGCCAGCCAUAGAAACCCCAGAAAUGCCCGUUUCUGGAAAAAAGAAAAAGAAGAAAGAUGCUGCGGAGUAGAGAUUAGUUUUCCUUUUUUGUUUUUUGUACAGUGUUUUUCAUUUUUCGAAGUUCAGUGAGUGGAAGGAGGAUUUCCCUCGGUUUUGGUAACUGUAGAUCAAGUUUGAUGGUAAAUAAAAUGAUUUGUGCCUUAAGGUCAGUGCGGAUUAAAGUUUCAUUUAAACUGUAAAUAAAAGUCAAAAGCCUCAUUUUCCUUUUUUCAUUGUAGUUUUGGUGCUUAUGUUUGAUCAAGUCUUCAAAACUGUGUCCGUGUGGCUCAGUUUUAACUGCGUUUUAUGUGAAAUUGUUGCAUCGUCUACACCUAUCGCUGCAAUUAUAUACUGUGACAAUGCUUUCAAUAAAAACCGCCCAUUUCAAAUGCACUUCA